AUGCAAUUUGAUUACAGGCUCGAUCUCUCAUUCAAUGAUUUUAGGAAUUCCAAGAUUUCAGCUGGGUUUGGUAGCUUUGGAAAUUUAACACAUUUUAAACUCUCCAAUUCACGGUUUUCAGGCCAAGUUCCAUCCGAUAUCUCCCGUCUUUCCAAGCUAAUUUCACUUGAUCUUUCUUCAUUCAAACCACUCAUUCCUGAUGAAUCACAAUUGAAGCUUGAGACAACUGCUCUUGAAAGGCUUGUUCAGAACCUGGAUGAGGUACAAGAAUUUUACCUCGACGGUAUAAACAUGUCAUCUGUUGAUCCUAGUUACUUGACGAAUCUUUCUUCUUCUUUGACAUCUCUCAGUCUCCGAAAUUGCGAAUUAAGAGGUAAAAUUCCUGAAAGCAUUUUCCAAUUUCCAAAUCUUCAGUUUAUUGAUUUAGGCAUUAACCCAGAACUCGCCAUUUAUCUUCCAAAGUCCAAUUGGACCAAUCCCCUCGAGUUUCUGAUCCUAGAAACCACAGAAGUCCUUGAAGGACUGCCUGAUUCAAUUGGAAAUCUAAGGUCCUUACAGUUUCUAAAUCUCGUUGGUUGCAACUUGCAAGGUUCAAUUCCCUCAACAAUAGGAAACCUAUCAGAAGUUAUAGCUUUGUUGCUUUCAUUUAACAACUUCAGUGGUCAUAUCCCUCCAUCAGUUGUGAACCUCCCACAACUUACAGAUUUAGACAUGUCACAUAAUCAACUAGUAGGCCCUAUUCCUUAUCAUGCAAGUGGGCUUUCAAAGCUAGUUAGUUUAUACCUCUCUGAUAACUUUCUUAUUGAAGCAAUACCAUCUUGGGUUUUGAACCUACCAUCAUUACAAAACCUCUAUCUUGGAAACAACAGAUUCACAGGAGAUAUUCAGCCAUUCCAAUCUAAAUCCUUGACGGCAAUCGAUUUUGGUAGUAACAGGCUGCAAGGCCACAUUCCAAGCUCAAUUUUUAAACUUGCAAACCUUACACUGCUUGAUCUAUCUUUUAAUAACUUCAGUAGCAUUGUAGGGUUGGACAUGUUUUCAGAGCUAAAAAACCUUGAGUGGCUUGAUCUUUCACAUAUUAAGCUGUCAUUAAGCAAGAACAUCAAAGUCAACUAUACAUUGCCCAAACUGCGGUCAUUGUUCUUGUCUUCUUGUGACUUGAGUGAAUUCCCAAAUUUUCUAAGAGGGAAUAAAGAUCUACUUGGCUUAGACCUCUCUAAGAAUAGAAUCCACGGACAGAUUCCAAAGUGGAUGUGGGAUGUGGGAAAGAAUACUUUGUCUUAUUUAAGUCUUUCUCAAAACUUCUUGACUGGCUCAGUAGAAUUUCCGUGGCUCAACAUUCUGAGUCUCCAACUGCAAUCUAACAUGCUUCAAGGAGUGCUACCAGAGUUCAUGAAGGGAUGUCAGUUAAAGGCUCUCAGCUUCUAUGGAAACCGAUUCGAAGGGGACUUACCGCAGUCCCUGGUUAAUUGUACAAGCCUAGAGGUUUUAGACUUGGGCAACAACAACAUGAAGGGUACAUUUCCUUACUGGUUGGAAACUCUGCCAGAGCUUCAAGUGCUUGUUUUAAGCUCAAAUAAGUUCCAUGGUUUGGUACCUAAGUCGAAAGCAAAAGUUCCUUUCCCCAAGUUACGAGUUCUAGAUCUCUCUAACAAUGGUUUUGUUGGUCCUUUGCCUACUUGGUACAUUGAGAAUCUAAAAGCUAUGGCAUAUCUUGAUGAAGGUAAUGGCUCGGUGAGAUACAUGCAGGGCAGUCGUUCCUAUAAUUAUUCACUCACUGUGACAAUUAAAGGAUUCAGGACGCAACUGGUGAGAAUUUUAACCAUAUUAACAAGCAUUGAUCUCUCCGAUAACAACUUUGAAGGCGUGAUUCCAGAAGUUUUGGGGAAGCUAAGUGCACUCAAAGGGCUUAACCUCUCAAGUAACAAUCUAGGCGGCCAUAUCCCACCAUCACUAGGAAACUUGACCAAACUUGAAUGGCUGGACCUCUCAUCAAACAAAUUGGCUGGAAAGAUUCCAGAGGAAUUGGUCGAUUUAAUAUUUCUUUCCUUUAUAGACCUUUCGGACAAUCAACUUGUUGGAUCUAUACCUCAGGGCAAACAGUUCAACACAUUUGAAAACAGUUCCUACAAAGGAAAUUUCGGGUUAUGUGGCCCCCCAUUGUCAAAGUCUUGCAAUGAGACACCAAAGCCGCCAUCGCCAACCUUGCCGUUGGAAGAUGACUCAAAAUCAGGAAUUCGGUUCGGAUGGAAAGUUGUGUUGAUGGGAUAUGGAUGUGGAGUCAUAUUUGGAGCAGCUGCCGGUUAUCUAGUUUUUCAAACUGGAAAACCCAAAUGGUUCAUCAAUUUGGUUGGUGUAAAACAGCACCAGAAGGUAAAAAAGUCGAAGGAGAAGAAAGCCACCAGAGGUGCUGGAAGAAGAAACUAGUUGCAGACAGAAGUGGUGUUCCAUUUUGCCAAUAAUUUUUGGGAAUCAGUGUCUUGACUAGACAAGCUGUUCUGGGAUCUCUGUUUCAGACACAUGCUUCUGUCUUUUGUAGCAAUAUUCAUACCUCAAACUGGCUUUCAGCCUCUCUUUUUUAUCACCAACUUUUUAAUUAUUUUACUUGAAAUUUAUAUCUUUGUGCAAUCUAGUCUUUUGCUAAAAGAUGCAGUUCAAAUGGAGGGAAAAGUGUUUACAUGGACAAUAAAUUUAAGAUAAAUUUACGAGAAAUAAUAAAUUAGUUAACUAUUAAA